CAGAGCUGUUAUGUGUGGACAGCACAGAAAACUUUUAAAAGAGUUUAUUUUCGUUGUGUUACGCCAUAUAUUGAGGAAGACUGUUCAUUCAGCUUAAAUGAGUGAGAAGGAUGUUAGUGCUAACCCACCACCAUCUCCUGAGACUCUCAAGGAGAAAAGUGCAGCCCACAAAAGUCUCAACCCUCCUUUUCCAUCAACUAAAUCCAUUCCAGGCACUGAGAUGGCGGGUCCCCCCCUCUCCAGUUCUGGCAGCCCAGACCAACCACCUAAAUCCACCCCUUCUUCAAGUCAAGAUACUAAAUUAAAACAAACUAAUGUUAAAACCUCAAACCUUCCAGCCAGAUCAACAGCUGAAAAACCAGCAACACCGAAACCUGCCCCUACAUCAUCACAUAUCUCUAAAACUACUCCAACUAUGCCAGCUACAACAUCAUCAUCAUUAUCAAAAUCAACAUUAUCUUCUCCCAAUGAUCCAUCCACACCCAGCAUCACCAUUUCUGCUGAUCCUACACAAUCUACAUCUACUCCUGAAGGUUCACUGCCCUCCACCAAAAUACCUGCAGUGGGUUUAUCAAUCCCACGUCAACGGAGCUUUUUGGCUGCAGCCCAAAAGGUGAUGAUGCAGGAGAAAAUAAGAAAGGCUGAGGAAGAGACCAAGGCUGAAGAAUGUGAUGAUAUGGAUGAAGAUCUGCCUUUUGAGGAGCUCCUGGAGAAAGCUGAGGCUGGAGACCCUAGAGCACAGAAUGAUAUGGAUGAAGAUCUGCCUUUUGAGGAGCUCCUGGAGAAAGCUGAGGCUGGAGACCCUAGAGCACAGAGUAGAUCAGAGGCCAUGUCUGAGAUGCUGGAGAAUGUCAGCCAGGUCAAUACUAUACCAGGUGAACCUGCUGUAUGUGGUGUAACACCCAGCAUUCAUACUCAGAGGAAAAUCCUGGAGACCAUGGUGUCUAAUGAAUCUAGCUCUAAGUAUGUGGAUGUGGAAGAUUUUGUGGAGAUGACGAAAAAGUUCACAGAAGGCAUAGCGUACGCUCCCACACUGAGAACCUCAGGCGUAGAUGCAACGGGAGAGGAGAAGACGUUAAGUAAAAGUGAUGUAGCCACAUUUGAAAUGGAAAAAAAUGAAUUGGCCCCCGUCACUCAUAAGCGUCAUCGAAAGUCCAGCUGGGGAAUGUCGGGUAGUGGGAUGAUAUUGACUACCAGACGCAGUGGUGCGAUGAAGAGAGCCCUGGACAUAAAAUCCCACUUCUUGGGUCUGCAGUACCCUCUCCAUGUGAUUAUUGAGAUGAAGGAACUUUUAAUUGACUGGGCAUCUCGUGCUGGUGUCCAGUGGCUGAGCACCAUCAUCCCAACGCAACACGUCAAUGCCCUUAUCUUCUUCUUCAUCAUCUCCAAUCUCACCAUUGAUCUGUUUGCCUUCGUCAUCCCGCUCCUCAUCUUCUACCUCUCCUUUAUCUCCAUGGCCAUCUGCACACUGAGAGUCUUCAAGAGCAGCAAAGGAUGGGAGAACUUCAGUGCCUUAACCGCCCUCCUCACACGCUUCGAGCCCAGCCUGGACGUGGAGCAAGCGGAGUCCAACUUUGGCUGGAACAACAUGGAGCAGUACCUCUACUUCAUGAUAUCAGUGUUCUUUACGAUCUUCACCUUCCCAGUAGCAGAUAAAGGCUGGAUCCCAUGCUCGGAGCUUUCCACAGUGGCCAUCUUCUUCACGGCAAUGAGCUACAUGAGCCUGAGCCCAUCUGCGGCAGCUUACGCACGAAGGGCACUCAUCAUCGAGGUGGCUUCAUCUUUGUGUGCCUUGACCAGCAGGUUGCCGAAGGAAAUGGCGAUGGCCAGGAUGCUGGGACAUAUUUUCACAACCAUCCCUCUAGGAGAAUCACUGGUGCUAGAGCUCAGUGUACCCUGUGUGCUCUACAUCUACCUUUUCUACUUGUUCUUCAGUAUGGCACGCAUGAGGGGAUUCAGAGGGACGUACUGCUUCCUGGUGCCGUACCUGGUCUGCUUUGUGUGGUGCGAGUUCUCUGUGGUCCUGCUGUGGAACUCUACCACCAUUGGCCUUAUCCGCACUUGUGUGGCCUACUUCCUCUUCCUGUUUGCCUUACCCGUUUUGGCUUUGGGUCUGAUGGUGAUGCUGCUGAUUCAGAUGGUUAAGUGGUUCCUGGAGUUGGAGUUGACUAAAAUGCUGGUGACGCUGGCAGUGUGUGCCGUCCCUGUGAUCCUGCGGCUUUGGACUCGAUUCAGCCUGUCCAUCCUAAAUGUCUUCCGUUCCAUCACCCACAGAGGUCCGGUGAAAUUGAUCCUCCUGUGCAUCACUACGGUGAUUUUACUCUGCGGCGUCUAUGUCUAUAAUGCUGAAGGUCUGAAGGUGUAUAACUCCACAAUCACCUGGCAGGAAUAUGGUACACUGUGCGGCCCACGUGCUUGGCAGGAUCGCGGGAUGGCUCAAACACAGCUCUUCUGCAGCCAUCUGGAGGGUCAUCGUGUCACUUGGACCGGAAUAUUCCGUCGUAUUCGUGUAGCUGAGAUGGAAAACGGAGCUCAGUCUGUUAUAAACUUGCUACCGGUGUUUAUGGGAGACUGGUUGCGGUGUCUCUAUGGUGAGGUUUAUCCCAAGUGUGAACCACAGAAUAAUAUGUCUCCAGUUGCGAAUGUCACGGGAGUCGAGCCUGUCAAUGCCACAAUGCUGUUCCUCCAGCAGGGAGAGGAGGAGCUCUGUCGGAUAAAGGCCUUUGCGAAACACCAGUGCCACGUUAAACGCUUUGACAGUUACCGCUUUGAGGUGACGGUCGGCAUGCCGGUGGAUGGAGUCACACAAGUUGACGAUCCGGCAGGUGACAUCCUCCUAAUGGCGAGUUACGAGUUUAAACAGGUGUUGCUGAACCUCGAUCCAGGCAGCAUGGUAGAGUUCAGUACAAAGCUGGAAGGGAAGUUGGGUACCAAACUACCUGCAUUUGAACUGAAAGCCAUACACUGUCUGGACUGCAGCUCAUCAUUGGUGCCUGAGGGACGACAGGUCAAGAUUGAACGGAACUGGAGGAAGACCAUGCUUAAAGCCAUUAAAUUUGCAUUUGACUUCUUCUUUGCUCCCUUUCUCUGUGCUAGGAUCAGUGUGUAAAGAAGUAGAAGAAAAGAUGACAUACAGAAAUCUGAAUCACAGUCAAAAUGUUUGAAGUUUUUUCAACGUCAGAAGAAUUUAAAAGAGCUGUCAAACUCCAAACACAAUUUUCAGGAAACAUUUAAAAAAAAAAAAUUAAUUAAUUCUUCUGAUAUGUUAGAGAUCAUGUUAUU